CCUCCCCGUGGAGGCGGGAGCGCUGCGGGCUAUGGGGGUGAGAGCACCGUCACCGGCAGCAGCGGGGCUGGAGCCCAAGUCUGUCCCGGGCGGAGCCGGCGGAGGGAUGGGGCAGCGGGGCACGGCCGUGCUGCUGCUCGCUCUGGGGCACCUGGCUGGGCUGCUGGCAUCAGGCACUGCCUGUGCCAACAUUUACCAAGGCUUCUCGGACUGUGUCCUCAAGCUGGGGAAGAACAUGGCCACAUACAGGGAGGUGGAUGGCGUCAAGCUGCAGGAAUUGCACCGAGUCUGUGGGUACUGGGAUGAAUUUCACAUGUGCGCCCUGGCAGCGCUCUGGGAGUGCCAGAAGGAAGCAGUGGCCAUCUGGGAGAUGCUGAGAAGAGAGUCUCGAAAAAUCAAAUUUCAAGGCAGCUUAUUUGACCUCUGCAGCCCCACCACAGCCCAAAGCUUUGCCUGGACCCACAUUCCCAACAUUUCCAUCCUCGGCAUCCCCCUCAUCGUCGCUUGGCUGAACUUAUAAACUGCAGCUCUGUAAGUAUUACAACAAAGGUGGUUGCAGCGUGUGUCAUGGCAUCUUUCCAAUAGUUUUUCCAAACCUUUGAGGAAUACUAUGUGGUGCUCAGUGAAUACUUGACUCCAGCCUGCACCCAUGAGACGUGGAAAAGCUCUGCAGCAUAUACUGGGUUUUGCUCUUUCUCUGUAACUUGGAAUAAUGCCUGUCUCCUUCUGCCUCAAGGUACCAGUGCGGAUCUGGUUGACUGCAGAAUUUGGGAACUUGUAGAUACAGAGCAGAGGAUUUGGGGAAAAAUGAUAAAUUCCUUGUGAAUGCUGGAUUCUUUAGUGCUCUUCUAUGGCUACUGGAAGGGAACAUGUUUACAUUGCUCACUCUUUCCACCAGAUGAACUCUCUAGAUUUUUGGUUUGGGCACUGAAAACAAGAUGAGCAUUUUUACCACUGCCUGGUGAGGUGAAGGGGAUGGUGUAUGUGCUGUCAAAGGCAGAAACGAGCUCUUACUGCACUGUACUGGCCUUUUUUCUUUGAGGACAUGGUGAAACCCCUGCUGAAGAGUAAUCACAGGUGCAUGACCUCUUCUCUUGCACCCAUCUGGAUUCCUGAGUAACUCCUGUGUUAUGUGUAAAUCCCUUUUCUAAGGAAAUAGAAGGCAAAAAAUAUUUGGGGGAAGGAGUGUCAAGCUAGCACAACAAAAAGGAUUUAUUAGCAACUCAUCUGCUUUAAAGCUUUCCCCAAAGGUACCUGUAAGCAGCUGUGUGGGUGGCAGUGUCUAAUUCCAGAGUAUUAAAGUUUGUUGUAGA